UUGACAAAUUACUUCGUCAAUACCAUCGUCACUGCGUUAGAGUCCCCGGAAUGGGAGACGCUCUUCCUGAAGAUAGGCGAAGAUGCCAUGUUCCAUCUAUUCACUGAGACGUCAGUAUUCGUGCCGCUGCCUAACGAAUGUCUUUGCCAGAUGAUAGGAGAGCCUAUCAUACAUUUG